AUGUUUGAGCGUUUUACUAAGAUAAAAGAUGCUUUGAGUCUUUACGCAAAUGACAACAAAAUUGAAUCAAUUUUUCCAGAAGAGUGGAGAGUAAUAGAAUGUUGUCUUGAACUACUGAAACCUUUUGAAGAAGCCACUCAUGAAAUGAGUAGCUCACAGGCUCUCAUAUCAUCUGUGAUUCCCAUCAUUCAAAUGCAUCUUAAAAAACUUGACGACUAUUUAGCGAAAACAUCAGAGACAGAUCCGAUUCGGUUGGCAGCAUCAAAUCUGAAAACACAGUUUUCUUCCUUAGAAGAUAACAAUUUAUUUGCUAUUGCAACGUAUUUAGACCCUCGCUAUAAACAUAAAUUUUUCAAACCAGUCACGGAAGAAAAAAUAAAGGAUGCUAUUUUGAAGAUCGUAAAUGAUCCAGUUUCCACUGGAUCUCCUGAAUCGUCACCAAGUUGGGAAACGUCAAAAAGGAGGAGAUUGGAAGAUGCUCUCGAUCCUGAACCAGGGAUAUCUGAUUUGGAUGAAAAUCCACUCAAUUGGUGGAAAGUUAAUCAGAGUGAACUGAAAAUUCUGUCGGAAAUAGCUCGAAGAUUUUUAUCAUCUCCACCAGCUAGCGUUCCCAGCGAACAAUUGUUUAGUGGAGCUGGCCUAAUAUACGAUCCUCUCAGAAAAAGAUUAGAGCCAGAGAAGGCUGCAAAAUUACUGUUCAUAAAGUAUAAUUCUCCAAUUUUCAAAUUUGAUUAUUGA